AUGCCUGCUUUUGCCCGUGUCCGUCCAUGGCACUACUACACGAUCUCCUUCUGUCUCUUUCUCUCUCUCUCCUUCUUUGGCAUCUGCUCUACUUUCUCGAGUUUUCAUUCUUCUGACCUUGCCAUCAUCUUAUAUCUACAACCCUAUGGAGGACGCGCCUUGCUCAUGUCGGACGGCAGCGUCCAUACCCCGGACUUUUCCCUCGUCGCUCCUCACAAAGCGAAAGGCGGGCGAAUAUCAAAGCAUUUCACAGGCGAUGCCCUUUGUGCUCGUGCGUCGAACGCAACCGGUGGUGGGUGCAGGUGUUGA